ACUGACUGGAAUUCCCGGUUUUUAGUUUCAUAUCCAAAAUUGUACUCUGAAUACUAUAAUUAGGAUAUUUGCUACUGACAGCUACUUUGGAUUUUAGAAAAGCAUUUGAAGAUUGGGAUGCUGGAAAAGGAGGCUUUCUUACAAACGAAACAUAUACUGUAUUACAGUGUCAGUCAAGAGCUCUUAGAGUAUUUUAAUACCACCAGUGGUAGAUACAUGAGUUAUGGAUGGACAAUAUUUGGAGACUGCAAAGCUGAAAGAGAAUUUUCUUGAGUGCACAGUUUGCAACCUUAAUUUUGACGAUCAAGAUCAUGUUCCCCGUCUGCUGAAUUGUCUGCAUGCUUUCUGUUCUUCAUGUCUCGAGAAGAUUGUAAAAGACGAAGAAAUCACAUGCCCUUACUGCCAGAAAGUCCACGCAGCAAAAGGAAAUGACGUCAAAAUUUUUCCCAAAGACCCUACCAGACGAGAUUUGAUGGAUUUCGUCAGAGCUGCUUCUCACGACUCGGAGACUCAAAUAAACUGUGAUCUGUGUGACGAGAAUAAGGUGGCAACACAUCGCUGUAAGGAAUGUCAAGGAUGUUUUAUUUGUGAUGAAUGCUUCAGAAAUCACCAAAAGAUGAAAACAUUUAAGGAUCACAAUCCACUAUCUUUGACGGACUUGCCUCAAGAUACUUUUGCCGGACUUGAGCAUUUCAGUCAUGAGGAAAUGUGUCCCGAGGUAGGACAUGACGAAGCAUUAAAGAUGUACUGCUCAGAUCCAUGCAGGAAACCGAUUUGUACUCUUUGCGCAUGUACUACUCACAAAGAUCAUAAAAAUCUUACAAUAUCUGAUGUUUAUCAAGAAGAAAGUAAGUCAAUUGAGGAUAUUUCCAAAGAAAUUGAAAAAAAGAUAGAAAGCUCUGAAAAAGUUAUAGAAGCAGUUGAUGCAGAGAUAGUAAACUUGCCUGAAAAGGUCAAUGAGCAGAAAGAAGCUGUUCGGGCUCAAUUUGCAAAUGCAAUUAGUUUGCUAGAAAGAAGAAGAGACGAACUUUGCAAAGCUAUGGAUGAGCACGAAGAAAGAAACACCAAACUCUUAGAAGUACAAAAAGAGGAAGUAAAGAAGUAUAAAGACUCUUGCAUCGAAGCAAUUCAUUUUCUUCAAACUUCUCUUGCCCACAAGAAUAAACCCGCUUUCCUAAGACUUGCACCAACCAUUAGAACACGACUUCAGGAACUGGAGAAAACAUCUCUCGAUGUAGAACCGCAUGCUAAAGUCGGUUGUGUCAAUUUUGAAAAGUUCAGUUUGAAGGAAUUUUCAAACACAGUUACAGGGAUGGGCCGAGCAUUAUGCACAUACGUAUAUGCUCCUAAAACUUCAGUCUCUUUUAGCAGCAAGAAAUUUGAGGUUGGAGAGGAAAAUAUGUUCCAAAUAGACUUGAGAUCUGUCAAUGGGAUACCCAUCGAUAAUGAGGACGUCGCUGUUGUUCUUGAAUCCGAAGAUGAAAGGAAUGUUCGCAUAUUGUGCAAAUACGACGACAGUUUGAAUAAGUAUGUUGGCAAAUGGUGCCCCGAUGAAGCAAGAAAAUAUGGCUUGAAAAUACUUUGUAAUGGAGUGCCCCUUGAUCUUCAGUUUAAAAAGAUAAAUGUCGGAAAUGCAUCGUUGCCGUCUGGGACGAAAACUGAAAAUCAAACAACACCAAAAGAGAGUAAAAAAUUCAAUCUUGGUCCAGGAAUGUUAAGUCGCAGGAAAAGCAGAAGUAUAGGAAAGCUUCUAACUGGAAUAGAUGCUCAGACAGCAGGGGAUUGUAAGAUCUGUAUGGACAUAUGUCAGAUUCCAAAACAGCUUCCUUGUAAACACAACUUCUGUAAGAAGUGCAUCGAUCCCUUCAUGAAGACGAAACAGAAAUGUCCGUUUUGUGAGAAGGUGUACGGGAAGAUUUAUGGAGAUCAGCCAAAAGGAAGAAUUAUGUUUCAAAGAGAAAAGAAAUGUCUCCCUGGAUAUGAAGGACAUGGGACAAUCAUCAUUUUCUAUAUCAUUGAUGCUGAAAAGCAAGGGAGAGAACACCCACAUCCUGGUCGUCAGCUAGGUGGCAGAUUGGAGAGGAGUGCAUUCUUACCAGACAAUAAGGAUGGUCGUCUGAUUGCCAAGCUUUUGAAUAUUGCUUUUAGCAGACGACUCAUUUUCACCGUCGACAAGUCACAGACAACAGGCGAGGAAGACGCGUUGGUGUGGAAUGAUAUUCACCACAAGACCCGCCGUGACGGUGGAUCCGAACAGCAUGGUUACCCUGAUGGUUCUUACCUAAAGAGAGUGUUUGAAGAACUCCAAAUAAAGGGCGUGACACCAGAAUCUGCAGACGACAGCAGCGAAUUUAAAGAAUAUUCGGCAGUAUUCCAAUCACAAUGAAAAGAAAAUAGUCCAGUAGUUAUAAUUGUUCCAAUGGGCGAUUUUUAGCUCUACUGGUCAGAGAC